CCUGACUCACUGCUGUGUCAGUAAGUUUCACUUUUCUGCGUUGAAAUGAUGAAACUAUAAGAAAUACACGCUUAAGUGACGUGUACUGGUGAAUGGUGUGUCCGGGUCGUUUGUUGAUUGUCAAAUUCACGUUGAUAAGCUGCCACAGAACUUCCGCAGACUCGGUUCAGGAACUUUUGACCGACUCCGUGAAACUGGUAAACACGAAGCUGGAUUCUGCAUGAUUGCGCAAUGUGGUCGCACUAGGCCAUAUUCACUUCAGGUUGGUGAAUAUCAAUGUGUUCUCUGAAGUACGACUACAUUAAGACAUCGACUGUGCAAGUACAUUCUUCAUCUAAAUUAGCAUUUUUUAAACGCUUCCACUUCUGUCCCGGAAAAGUAAAUCUUCCACUAUUUUACUUGAGUUGUUUCUUGAGUUAGCCAUGAGAUCAAGACAAAGAGGAGUGAAUCUGGGCUUGCUUCUGCUCAUUUCCCAGCUCUUUCGAAUAGGACCUAGUAAUGUCCCCCCUGUAACUCUUGCUACUCUGGGGCUAAACAUUUACCUUUUCCUGGCCCCUCAAAAGCAAUUGCUGGACGUGUGCAUCAGUGUACAGAAUGCCUAUAUCUACAAGGACUGGACACGUCUUAUCUUCUCCCCCUUUUACCAUGCCGAUGACUGGCAUCUAUACUUUAACAUGGUGUCUUUGCUGUGGAAAGGAAUAAAGCUAGAGAGAAGACUUGGCAGCCCAUGGUUUGCCUACAUCAUUGGAGUUUUUUCUCUGCUGACUGGUGUUGUAUACAUCAUGUUGGAAAUGGUGUUAACUGAAUUUACAAAGGAUCGAUCGUACAGUAGGCAGUGUGCAGUGGGUUUCUCAGGUGUCUUGUUUGCCUUGAAGGUGAUAAACAACCAUUAUUUCCCAGGGGGUGUUGCACAUGUGUUUGGAUUCCCAGUUGCCAACAAGUAUGCUUGCUGGGUUGAGCUUGUAGCUAUUCAUUUGGUUUCACCUGGGACUUCUUUUGUUGGGCAUCUGGCAGGCAUUGUUGUUGGACUGCUGUACACCAAAGGGCCUCUGAAAAAGAUAAUGAAAAUAUGUGCAGGAGUUGUGUCUUCUGAUGGCGGUUAUUCAAGAGGUUCAUAUUUCAAUUAUUCAGGAUACAGUGGAUUGAGAAGUUUACCAAGAAGAUCUAAUGCAUAUAAUGCAUACACCCCAUACAACCAGUACAGUCCAAACAACACUUACAGUGCCAGCAAUGAGGCCCCUGUGUAUGGCUCUGGAGAAGAGCAGUAUCAAGCAGCCAUUAGGGCCAACCUGAAUGAUCAAGGUAGUGGACAUGCUCCGAGAAGAUCAAAUUAUGGAUUUAACAUUCCAACGGGACCUCUGACCCAGGAAGAGAUAAGACAGCGAAGACUCAACCGCUUUGAGGGAUAAGGCAUGGGACCCUCGACUGUUAGCGAGCAAUGCUGUCUUUACAGGGCUUAAUUGUAAAAUGCAGUGUGUGACUGAGCUACAAAAAGGACUGCCUGGAUAGCCAUGCUGAUUUGCAAGCUAGAGUUGGGGAUUUUUUUUGUUCCGUUUCAAAGAAAAUCAUUUUUACCCAGAUUACUCGGUACGGGUGUUUUGGUCCAACACCAGUUUAUAUUCCAGCAUGUAUGGGAAGGGUAUGUGGGUCACUGGCAAUAAAGAAGAGCGAUUGCUCUUUGGGUAUGUAGGGGCUAGAUUUGCCACUGAUCUCAUGCCAGACAACUGCUUGCUGAUUUGCUGGACAGGAAUCUUUGUACAGUACAAUAUAUGCAUGGUGGUGAUGAGUGCCGACAAUUUAUGGCUGGUCUUGGAAUUUGUCCUGUUUACAUACUUGUGUAGAAUACUUCAACUGCCUUUUUGGUUGUGAUAGUACGUGUUAAGAUGUAAAAGAAUGAAUGAAUGAAUAAAUAAAUAAAUAAAUAAACCCUAGACAAUCUGUCUAAUUGAUAAUAAAGCACAAAUUGCUUAACAAAACCUAACAAGAACUCUUCUCCCUGGUCUGUAGACAUGCGAAGGACUCCUGGAUUUGUAUGUUGUAUGUUUAUGGCAUUUCCUUGACGGUAUGAAACAAGACAUUCUUUAUGUCUACCGUCAGCAUGCUGUAAGAAAGAUCAGGGUCUAGACAUUGUUGACAGAGUAUAGGGGACUUACUAGACCUAUCUAAUUUGCAAUUACAAGUUUUCUGUGUUUUUAGUUUUAGUCUAGAUGUUACUUUUUACUUUCGCUCUGGCGAAGUCAUGUUACCAAAGACAGAUUUACACACUGUGUAUUCACUUCCCCUGUAGCAGUCAGCUGUCUACAUUAAAUUCACUUCUUAAUACCUGCUGCACAGGAAAGUGAUCUGUAUUGUGUAACAGGGUAGCUAUCUGGAAAUCUUAAUUAAGGGACUUCAUCAUCUCCGAUUCUUCAACAGAAUCCACUGUAUUUCCACUGUAAUGAUAUAUGCUUGUAUUCUCUUCAACAGCCAGCCAGUCCCUGUUAUAUAGUAGUGUGCUGUUUUUUUUUUGUUUUGUUUUGUUUUACCAAAAAUCUAUAUCAAUGAGAACUUUGUAUAAUUUUGAUCUUUAACAUUUCGUCAAUGUGCUUUUUGUACCUGCAUGCAGUACUGUGACAGGGUAUCCCCGCCCCUGUGCAUAUUUUAUGUUUUGUGUUGUUGUUAUUUAUUAUUAUUAUUAUUAUUAUUAUUAUUUA